UUCAAGGAAAGGAACAUGGCAGCGCCGGGCCUGCGGCUUGGAAUGGAGAAGCUCUUUGAGAUGCUGGCGGCAAUGGGGCGCCAGAGCCGAGCUUACAGCAAGUCCCAGACUUUUGCUGAGGUACUGCGGCUGCCGAAGAGUCAGUUGACAAAGUUAGUGUACCCGCUGCAGGAACUCGAGCAGCACCUUGUCCCGGACACAAGGCCCCACCUUCACCUGAGGGUCUUCGACCCUAGCCUGGAGGACAUCGCAAGGGCGGAGAGCGUUUUCGCUGCUUCGCAGCGGAACCGCAUUGAGUAUCUCAGCUCCGCGGUCCGGCUCGACCACGCCCCGGCCCUCUCUCGACCUGAGGUAUGUUUUAUAGGCAGAAGCAAUGUUGGAAAAUCAUCCCUAAUAAAGGCGUUAUUCUCCCUGGCCCCAGAGGUUGAAGUUAGAGUCUCCAAAAAACCGGGACAUACAAAGAAAAUGAAUUUUUUCAAAGUUGGAAAGUAUUUUACAGUGGUGGACAUGCCAGGUUAUGGCUAUAGAGCACCAGAAGAUUUUGUUGACAUGGUAGAGGCCUAUCUAAAAGAACGAAGGAACUUGAAGAGAACAUUUUUAUUAGUGGAUAGUGCCGUUGGAAUUACAAAAACAGACAAUAUUGCUGUAGAAAUGUGUGAAGAAUUUGCAUUACCUUAUGUGAUGGUAUUAACAAAAGUUGACAAGCCUUCCAAAGGACAUCUUUUAAAACAAGUACUUGAGAUCCAGAAAUUUGUCAACACUCAAACACAAGGAUGUUUCCCUCAGCUAUUUCCUGUAAGCGCUGUGACCUAUUCUGGAAUCCAUCUGCUGAAAUGUUUUAUAGCAAAUAUAACAGGAAAUCUUAACUAAUGGUAUCCAUUAGUUUCAAAGAUGAAGUUUCAAAAUUCUUUGUGCCACUGGAAUUCAACAUCUAGAAAAAUUUAAAUAUUGUUUUAAAUGUUGUGUAUCAGUAACUUGCAGAAGGAUCACUUCAGCUUUAAAACUUGCAUCUUCCCCAAACAAGAAUGAUUUGGUGCGUGGGGGACAGAAGAUUUAUAAAUAAUUAUCUGUUCAGUAGAACAAAUGCUAGCUGAUUUUCCUAUUUUAACAAACUCACAAGCAAGAACAUAUUUUUUUUUAAAAAUCCAUAAAAUGUAAACCUAUUACUACUAUGUAGAGAAAGGUUUGCCAUGUUAUUUAUUGGGCCUUUAUCUUUUAAAGAAAAUGUCUAUCACGUAUUUCUCAAGUAUUAAAAUGGACUAAAUAAAAGUAGCUGCUUUUCCAUUAAACAUUAAUAGGUAAGUUGAAGGAUAAAUACUCAUGUGUAUUUCUGUAAUUAAUUUUUAAAGCCUUAGUUAAAUAUUGAAAAAAUUAUUCUUGGUAAAACUUGUCAGUCCAUGUUGGAACACCAGUAAUUUCUGGCUGGAAUCAUUCACCUACAGGUGAACACAAGACUCAGAAUUGGAAAACAAGAAAUUCAAGUUCCAGUUCAAGUUCCAGUUCUAACAUCUAUUAUACCUAGGUCUUUGGGGAAUUACUUGGUUUCUCUUAAAUUCAUUUGUAACUAUAACCACACAAACUAUUAAGAUUAAAAUAGUAUUACAUGAGGUGAUAUAUAUGAAGACAGCUACAUAUUUAUAAACUCAAACCAACCAAGGAAUACAGCAAAAUUCAUAGGUAUUUAUCACAAAACAUUGUUAUUACAGAAUUGGUAUUUUCUCUAGUGAAAAGCAAAAAACAAAAAAUGACCUUUAAGCAAGAUUAAUUUGCAAAGAGAAAAGAGAUAAAGAUACUUAAUCCAAAGGAAUAUUAAUGAAAUAGAAAAAUAUUUGGCUGAUAGUCCAACCCAGGUUUUAUAAUUCAACCUAAACUACUAACCCACUCUGAUUUUUUCAUUGAGGGAUGUUAGCCACCAGUUUCUUUGAACUGUAAAAAUUUAUGAUUAUUGAACAAAAAUGCCACUUCACAUUCUGAAACUUAAACAUAGGAACACUGAUUAGCUCAGUGGAAUCACGUCAAAGUAAAAGUAGCAGCAAGACUGGGCCUUAAAUCAUAACUCUAGAGACCUUUCAUUUUAUCUUCUAAAUUAGAAAUUAGGAUGUUUCUUGGGAUAGUAGGUACUUGAAUAUUAACAACUGCCAGCAAAUAAACCAGGCCCUGUGGGUAACAAAGCUAUACCACACCAGUUUUUCUCUUACUAAUUCAUCUUCAUUUCCCAAUAUGUAAAGGAAAUACACUGAGUACAAAGCCAGUUAGAUGUUGAUCACAUUUCUAGAUUGUCAUGAAUACAACAUCCUUGGUAUUGUCCUGGAGUUUUUGGUAAUUUUUCUUUAAAAGUUAUCAAGAAAAGAGAUUUAUGUUGGCUUAUGGUCCUGGGGGUACAAGGUUGAGGAGUCUCAUCUGGUGAUGGCUUUCUUGCUAGCAGUCCCUAGGCUUCUCAUGGCAGGAGAUGGAGUGUGCAUGUGAGUCACUGUUCAUGUUUUAAGGUACCAAGUAGCUACUUCCACUUGUCAAAAAGCCAGACAGAAUACAGGCCAUCUUAAUACUAGAGGUUAAGAACUUGGAAUUAAAACAGGAUGUUUAAUAGGGCUUCAGGAGAGAAGCUAAACCAGUGUUUAUUUCAUUGGCUCUGGAUUUGGGGCCACUGCAGUCAAGAUCACCUGGGCUCCUUAUUAAAAUAAACGUGCAGAUUCUGUCCCCAUCCCUGGUCCAUGUUUAUCAGUCUCAGGGAAGAAGCUAUGAUUCUGUUUUUAAAUAACCCACCAGUGAUUAAAAAAAAUCUGAAAAGUUCAAGAACCACUGGCAUAGAUAAGUGAGAAAAUGCAGAAAACGAUGGAAAGAACAAAGAUUUUAAAAAAUGCAAAGGACAUACAGAGGAAAAAAAUAGGAUAGCUGAGGAAAGGAAGGAUGCAGAAUAUAUAUGAGGGCACUGUGUUCUUUUCCUGUCUCUGUAACAAUAUAAAACUUAAGACUACCUGAGAAGCAUAUUAACCUAAUUCUAGUUAAGUCAGUACAUUUGAACAGUACCUCAAAUUUCACAUCAUUAUUUGGAAAUAGAUGAAGAUUUACCCUCUCAAAGCAAUUGUAUAAGCAUGUACAAAUACCAGAUAAUUGCAUCAGCACCUAAUUACAAACUGAUGACUACCCUUAUUCCUGGGUAUAUUUUUGUGUCUCCUAAUACUUUCUCCUUUACUUCUUUGUUAUCCUGUUGUACUUCACAUAUAACCACAAGCCACCUUAUAUCCAUUUUGGAAAAAGGUUUAUUUGGGGGAAAAAAAUCAUUAAUUGGCACCACCAUUAACAAUAAAUAAAUAACUGAAAAUCUCUUGGAAAACUACAAAAACAUUUUAAUAUGCCCUCCUGUGAGAUAAGGUGAACACAUGAAAAGAACUAAUGGUUGUGCCUAGUCUCUGGUAAUAAAUACAAUUAAUGACAAAACUUUUGAGUCUUUUGAUAAUACUGUCUUAAUACAUAAACAAGACAGCACAAUUGUUGGAAGCUACAAACAUUGAUACUUAGAGGUGGACUUAGCUACAACAGAGUCAAUGAGACUAAGUGACCCUCUAGGGUACUUCCUUGCUACUAUCCAGCCUCACUCCCCAUUUACCUUAAGGCACAGAAGUUUUUGCAGUUAAUUGUUCAGGUCUUCAUUCCCUGGUAAAUCAUAAAACUAUUCAAAUUUUCAGGGACCUAUCAGGCCCAGUCAAGGAGUUAAUUUGUUUUUCAAGGGCAGGCUAUGACAGACUUUUCAUCUUAACACCUAGCAUGUAGUCAAAGCCAAAUAAAUACUUGUUGAUAAUGGCACAAAGCAACUAUAAAUGUUUACUGAAAUGAACUCCUGUGUGAUGUUACACAGAAGCAGAUCCUCUGAGACCAAGUAGGACAUCCAGGUCUCAGAAGUUCCACUUAAAACAGCAGAAGACUGACUCAGCUUGUUAACUACUUGAAAGUCUCACAUAUGAACAUCUAAACUCCCAUUAAAGCAAAAAUAUCAUCAAUGUCAUCUGUCUCCUUAACAGAUCCUGGCAUACUGUCUUUGUUUAUUUGUAUUUUUAUCCAUGAAUCACUUUCAUUUCCAUUUCUUCCUGUGAGGUUUUCAGGAAUCUGUUUCUCCUUAGUUUGUUUGACAGGACUUAAAAGUUUGCUACUCAAGAGCUGCUUACUGUUAGGACUGGGAUCAGUUCUCUGAACUGUAUGGCAUGAGAAUCUCCACUUAGCACUGGUGUCAGUAGCACUCUGAGAAGAGAACUGCUGUAUUUCCUUCAGAUGAGUUGACUGUAACUUUCUCUGUGGUUUCCUUUGUCUCAGUAAAAAUUUAUUCUGUGAUCUUCUUUGUCUCAGAAGAUGCUUUGAAGUUUUGAUACCUGAGCCAUGAAGAAGACAGUUACUAACAGACGUUUUUAUGCACUUUAGUUUCUUUGGCAAACUAAAAAACAAAAAGAAGAGUAAAGUCAGAGCUUGUUACAGAUGCAAAAUAAUUCUCCAGCACUUUUUAAAUGUUUCUUUUCUACUAACUUCUACCCAAAAAGGAUAUAAUUUAUUUACAAGUCUUCUCCCUCUUUAUAAUCUUAGAAUCAUAACAAAAAAGUAAGGAAAUUGGAGUUUCAACCCAAAUCUAUCUUUUCAGAGCAAAACCUACCCCUGAUUAAGAUUAGGCAAAUGUGUCUUCAUUUUACCUUCAACAAAAAUUAACUGCUACAGCUACCUAGCACAGUAGAGUGGCUUAUUGAUGAACUGUGUCCUCAUAACAUAUCAGGAAUGGAAAUGGGAAAACAUCACAAGUGAAAAAAAAUCCAUCAGUACACAGUUAUCCAUAUGUGGAUAAGCAACUCAUGUUGACGCAAGAAAUGAACAACGAAAAAGGAAUCAAAGUGCAGAGAGGGUUCAUGAAAGUUGAGAACACAGGGCCUCUGCCACACACAAACUGACAGCCUUGAGCUUCCUGAAAUGCAAUCUAUAGCAUGUCAUCUUCAAGCCUGCAAAAUUCAGAAUUCAAACAACUGAUUUUAAGAGGUGUUUGUCUUCUGAAUAGGGUACACUAUCAUAUUGUUCACCAAUGCUUGCUGAACUGCCUCACUGAUAGCCAAAUUUUAAAUAUUAACAAAGGUCUAAACCCCCUACUCCACCUCCUUCCUUACUUUUAAAACAAAUAAACAUUUGAAGUAAUCCAUAAUCCCUGUUUCAAAACUAUUUUCUUGUGUUACUCUAAGCAAUGACAUUUAACUGAGGAGAAGGUGGGUGGGUAUAACUCUUGUAUUGAAAUGGAAAGAGAAUGAAUAAGAACAGGAAUUAGAGAACCUGCAUUGAGUUCUAGAUCUCCAGUACUUACAUCUUAUGCAAAAUUCUCCAUUUCCUCAUCUACAAAAUGAGAAUAACGCUGCCUACCUCAUGGAGUUAUUAUAGAAAUUAAAUAUGUUAUAGAGUAUGUUACAAAAAACAGCUGAAGAGGACAAUAUGAAAGAGGACUGCACUUAGGGAAGUAUAGACUAUAAUGAUUUAACCAAUAAACAAUUUUGUGACUGUUCUCAUUAACUCCUUUUUGGGAGGGGCAUUCAGAGCUAUCCCCUUCAAGCAAGCUGAUAAGAUCUUUAUUUUUUUUCUUUAUAGAUUUUAUUGUGCUUUGCAAUUAUACAUAAUUGUGAGAUUAUGACAUUUUCAUACAUACAUACAACAAUUUGAUUAACUUCAAGUUACCUCCCCUUUCUCAUUAGCUUUUAAUCAUUAUCUUCUUUGCCUCAUCUAACCCUUGACUCUAAACCCGAUCUUGAACAAAAGGCCUCUCUCCAUCUCUAGCUGUUUCCAAUCCUAGCAUAGAUAACUUUGAGGUGACUACAGACCUUCAUGGGAUCCCAGUGUUAAGACCCUUCCAGUACAUCCCUAGGAAUACUCAACAACUUCUCCCAAGGAUCUUUUGUGAGAACUUGCUACAAAACCCCCAUUACAUACAAAAUUUUUUCUAAAGCAGAAACAUCUUUUUCAUAAUUUUUCAAAUAAACCUUAAAUUUUAGAUAGUUACAGUAGUUCAUCCACAGGAACCAGUAUAAAGCACUGGAUAGACACGUCUGUAACUAUCAGUAAGAAAUUAUGGUGCAUGAUAGAACAUUUAUUGAACAUAAAAACUAGUCAGAGUGAUGACUGCCUCUAUGAAGGAGAAUAAAGAUCUUUAUACCUAUCUGUGUGUGAAACUGUUAAACAUGAGCAUCUAUUUUUUCAGUAAAAAUAAAAUCCCUUAAGUAUCUAUAACUUCAUGGAAUCCUUCAGGCAAUACUGGCCUACAAUCAUAAACAGUUCUAUGAGUGUAAAAAAUCACAGGAAAAGAAAGCCAUCAAUACAUGGGGAGUAACUCCUGUGAACACCUAGCCUGGCCCUGAUGCUGGCAGCCUGGUGUGGGCCUUGAGGUGGUCUCCCACUCCUGCUCUCACACUCUCAUCCAGCUGCACUGUGUGCAGAAAGGCCACCGUCCCACUAAAGCAUGAGCUUCUUAAGGACAGACUAGUCUAUCUCACUCAGCUGUGUCCCCAGGCUUUGCACACCAGACAUUCUUAACGCGUCCUGAGUGAAUAAAUGGGAAUAAUAAGGAGUAUUAGUGAGUAGGUCCAAGUAACCUGUUUAUUUUCUUUCUCCCAAUGAUAUAACUAUGCCCAUAUGACAAAAGCAACAAAUGAAAUUGCAAUAUGAGUAGAUCUCACUCUCAGCACUACUAGAACUAUCUAGACAUCCCGUUGUAAAGAAGAGACUUGAACAUAUACACUUUUGCCCUGAGCAACAACAGAAAACGUAAAGAAAUAUAAUAUUUGUAAUAUCCUUACCUAUAACCUUGAGCUUCCACAUGUUUAAGCCUGUUACUUUUAAGAAGUUUGUUACCCAGAAAGGUAGCCUGAGCCUUGAGUUUUUUGCUCCUGCACCAUGUAAUUGCCAUUUGGAUUUCUUCAGAGAGUUGUAUGAAAGUCUUGGCCUCUCGGAAUCGUUGCACAAAACUUUUGGCUUGAGGAGUUCCUAUCACUUUCUGAGAAGAAUGUUUCGUUGGCUUCAGUUUAGACUGAGAACAUUUUAACUCAAAACCAGUCUCCUGAAAUGUGAAAAGAUAAGGAAAAUAAAUAUGGCUUGUUAAUGGCUUGUAAAUAUAUGACAAGAAGGAAAGCUGACUCAAUCAAAAGUCUAAAAUAAUCAGUCUUUUUAAAAGAAAACUUUUUGCUGCAUUCUUUUGUCUUAAAAAACUUAAUUUUUUUUUUUUAUCCUCUGCUCCUAACACAAUUUGAUUUUUUUUCCUCCUCUGUAUUAAGACAGUUGACUUAGA